GUUGAUGUGAUAAAUAUUUCACUUUGUAUCAGCCACGAUUAUAUUGGUUCGUGUGAAACAACGCUCGACAAGCUAUUGAGCAAUGAAGACGUCGAACUGCCUCUAAUCAACGAGAAGAAGCUUGAUAAGAAAGGCACUAAAUACAAGGAAUCAGGUCGCCUGUUAUUUGCCAACGUCUCCGUUUUUCACGAGAACUCGUUCAUUGAUUACAUCGCUGGUGGAACGCAGCUGGAUUUCUUCGUUGCGAUCGAUAUGACGGCAUCGAACGGUCGUGUUACUGAUCCAUCAUCACUGCAUUUCAUCGGGAUCGAGCACCCGAACGAAUAUCAGAUUGCAAUUAGUGCCGUAGUCGAAAUCUGCCAACAUUACAAUCGGACAAAAUUAUUUAUGGCUGCUGGCUUUGGUGCUAAACUGCCAAAUCAGGAUCGAUGCAGCCAUUGUUUUCCCCUGGUGAGUCAAAUUCUUUGCCAGUUUUGA